AUGCCCCGCGACUCGAGCCCCCACGAGCUCUCUUCUUCGGAGCGCACCGCGCUCUGGGUGCAGGCGCAGGCGAGCCAGGCCUACCAGCAACCACGACCUCCCUCGCCCAGGACGUCCAUCCAAACAUCAUCCUCGUACCGCACGACGUCCUCAUCUGAGGAAAGCUACCACAAAUCACCAGUAACGGUACCUGUAGUGUCACCCUACGGCGUACCGCCUGCGAGCAUGUCGCAAACACAACGGCCGCGCUACGACUCGCGCUCGCGGCGGGUUAGCAUGCCCUUCCCACAAAGUCCGCCCGGUUCCGGGUACCCUGUCCCUCUAGUGGUCGCGACGCCACGCCGAGCGGAGCCUGAGGAGAACAAGGUGAGUAGCGACAAGCCCUUGCCACGUCCGGAGCAAUGUUCGAGCAAGGCGCUACAGACCCCGCGACCGUCCCUCCGGAAGCAGAGGCGGCCAUCGCUCAUCGAGCAGAUCAUCUCCCUGGGAGCGCCGAGCCAGCGUCGAAGAGAGGACAGCGGGAGAAGAGGAGAGACAUAG